AUGUUGAAUGCAAAUCAAAAGCUACAAUUGACACGAUCAAUGAACUCCGACACCGAUCAAAAUUCCUCAAGGGGUGAAAAAAAGGUCUCAUUGAUCACUGUUAGAGAACCAUUGCGGUUACCUACUGGACAUCCUAUACACGUCGGAUUCCCUGAAGGUCUACGAGGUGGUGGUGGCGGUGGAUUCGUUGGCCUCAUUAUUAGUUGCUGCCGCUUAAUUUUCUGUAGCAACCUCUGCCGAAAUGCAAGCUGGCUAAUGUGUCAAAAUAGUGAAAAUUGUCCAUAUCCAUGCAGAGGACUAUGCCCUCAGGGAACCAGAGCUCCAGCACCUCCACCUACGCAGGAUUUGCCUGUAACCGUUGCGCCCGCAGCAGUCUAA